AAAAAAGAGUGAAAAAAAAGGAAGGGAAAAAAAGAGUGAACAAUGAGCAGCGGAGUGAAGCUCUUCGACGCGCACUGCCACCUCCAAGACCCAAGGAUCCACUCCAUCGCUCCACAUCUCAUCCGCAAUGCCUUCCACUCUGGCGUGCUCCGCUUCGCCAUCAAUGGCGUCUCCGAGAAUGAUUGGCGUGUUGUCAAAGAGAUGGCGGAGCAACACCCUUGUCUUGUUCCAAACUUUGGGCUUCAUCCAUGGUAUGUGGCUGAGAGAACCCCAAAUUGGUUUUUUUCUUUGAGAGAGUUCUUUGCAAGUACACCAUCUGCUGCUGUUGGGGAAAUUGGUUUAGAUAAAGGUUCUCAUGGAAAGACGAUUGAUUUCGGGGAGCAGGUUGAAGUGUUCCAGCAGCAGCUUGAACUCGCCAAGGAGUUAAAGAGACCAGCUUCCGUUCAUUGUGUGCGGGCUUUUGGUGACCUUCUAGAAAUACUUAAACGUUUAGGCCCUUUUCCGGAAGGACUGAUUAUGCAUUCAUACCUUGGGUCUGCUGAGAUGGUUCCUGAAUUAGCAAAGCUCGGUUGUUAUUUUUCCUUCUCUGGGUUCCUUUCAUCGAUGAGUUUGCAGAAGGCAAAGAAAAUGAUCAGAUCGGUACCUUUGGACCGAAUUUUGCUCGAGUCUGAUGCACCUGAUGCAUUGCCAAAAUUCAAAUCAAAUUCUGUGUCAUUGGUUCAAGAAAAUACUUCUGCUUUGCAGGAGCUGCUAAGACAGUCUGAAAAUCAAAGUUCAGAGUCAUCGGAUCAGCAAAACCAAGAACUGAAUCAUCCAGCAAACAUUCACUCUGUCUUGAACUAUGUUUCCUCAUUACUUGAAAUGCCUGAAAAUGAACUAGCAGAAGUCACUUACCGAAACGCCAUACGCUUGUUUUCAUUUCCUGGAUCGAUAGUUUGUGCAGAAGGUUAAGUUAUCCUUUUCCGACUUCUCGCAACGACAUAUAUGUAUAUCACCAUUCUGUUUUAAACUUAUUGAUCUUUGUUUCUGUAAUGAACUAAGUCUUAUAGCGAUAUCAUAACUAAACACAAUUACUUUAGAAUCCAUC